AUGAGGUUUGGUAAGAAGGCGAAACUUAGUUCCUGGUAUAUUGGUCUUUAUAGAAUAUCCAAAAAGAUUGGCAAUGUAGCUUAUGAGUUUGAGCUACCACAAGAGUUAGCAAUGGUUCAACUGGUAUUUCAUAUUUUCAUGUUGAAGAAUUGCAUGGGUGAUCCUUCAUUGAUUGUACCAACUGAAAAUAUUAGGAUUAAGGAUAUUUUAUCCUAUGAGGAGAUUCCAAUUCAGAUUUUAGAUCGCCAAGUUCGCAAGUUGACAACAAAGGAGGUAGAAUCAGUGAAGGUUUUUUGGAGAAACCAAUUUGUUGAAGAAGGGACUUGGGAAUCUGAAGAGGAUAUGAAGAAGAUAUAUCCAUUUCUCUUUGAAUCCGGAGAGAAUGUGGAUCAAGAUCAGGAUGAUUUAGAGUCAGUUAUUGAUGUGGUUGCAAAGCUCUUGGAGAGAUUUUUCCAAUACCACUGA